CGUUUAGUAAAUAUUUGUUCGCAAGUGUGCGGAGCUCCUUUUUUUCAACGCGUGCAACAUCCGAACGCGAGCGUGUUCGCACGACGUGCUCGAAGGAAGGGUGAAGAGCGGCUAUGCGGAAUAAACUAAGAAGGAUAAACAACAAAGUCGCCAAAAGCAAAUAACCAAUACCUGUACAUUUGCUGAUGCUUUGAUUAUUUCUUAGCUGCACACAUAGCUAACUUUGACUAUAUAUAGCUCUAUAAAAACGAUAUUCCUUUCAAAAUUUGUGGUAGAGGAGAUGUAUGGGGAGUGCUGCUGGAGUGACUGUUCUUGACCGAAUAUAAAUCCGCGUCGUUCCGGUGAUCCCUUCCAUUGCAAUGUCCGCCGGUCUAAGUUCAUUAAAUUGCGAUCUACGUUCUUACUCGCGUCUCUGGCUCGGCGAAUUUAUUGAACUCUAUCAACAGGAAGAAUGUUUAUGGCACUCCAAGCACCCCGACUACAGCAAUCAUAGUGUACGCAAUAAGGCCUAUGAUCGGCUGGUAGAGAAACUGAAAGAAGUAGAACCUAAUCCGGAUCGUGCUAUGGUCGUGCGCAAAAUCAACUCGCUACGUUCCGCAUUCAGACGCGAAUUUCGCAAAUCAAAUUCAAAGAAUAACUACGAAACAAGGCUAUGGUACUACGACAAGUUGCUUUUCAUCGCCGAGCAAAAUACAAAACGUCUUGCAGCUAUGCGUGAUGCCAAAACACCAAAACGUUCGUUGGCAAUAAGUUUUGAUGUAGAUGAUUCGAUGGAAUUCGAGGACGAACCUAUAGUGGAACCCACUAAUGUAUCGCCCUCUGAAAGCCUCAAUCAUUCACAACCGGCUGAUAUAAAAACUGUAACGGUCACCUCAGGUGAAUGUGUUAUUGUUAAGGAUGAAGAUCAACAUCAACAACACCAGCACCCACACCAACAUCAUCAUCAACAUCAGCAUCAACAUGAGUUACAGCAACAGCAACACAACGCCGAACAACACAUGCAACAUGCAACAGCCGCAACGCAACCACAGCACGCGACAGAAGUUAAAGUUUUGGAAAUAACGUCAUUGGAUACCAAUUCGCAGCGCGAAAUACAGCAGGCUGUCAGUUCGCUGGAACAACAUCAGCAACAAAUGCAACAGCAGCUGCAUCAACAGCAGCAGCAACAACAACAAAAUCAGGCUGGUUCAGCGCAAAUAACACAAAUUCAUCAGCAAGUUCCAACCAUACAAAUAGCGCGCGAACACUUGCAACCACUUUUUGGUAACUCUUACACAACUACAGCAACCCAUCGACAGGAGGACGAAUACGAUGCCAUCGGCAUCAAUGUGGCAUCCAAGUUGCGGGUAAUGAACCCAACACAACGAAUUAUUGCCGAAAAACUGAUUAGUGACGUGUUGUUCAAUGGACAAUUGGAUAAUCUCAGCGUAGCCUCAACAUUGGCGCAGUGAGACGACGUUUUGCAUAUUUUAUAGCAGCCAAAAACAGAGGUAACAUAGUGCAGGUUCAAUAUGUAUGUAGGUGUGAGAAAAACUUCUUGAAGCACAUUUUAUUAAAGAAAUUAAACGAGAAAUAAUAUUUCCUUAUUUAAGAACAUGAAAAUAUGUGGGAGAUGUUCUGCAAUACAAUACUGGUGCAUUGUAUAUCAUUAGACUAAGUAAAUACACACAUACAUUAAUUAGAAGUUUAUAUUUAGUUGUUUCUCAAACAUUUGACUAUCUCUUUUUGAGAUGAAAUUGUAUUGUAAAUAUCGUAUAAAGUUUUGGAUUUAGUUAAGCGUAUUCGUUUUCUAAGUGACAUUUAUAUUAUAUUUGCAUUGUCAUCUCAAAUGUUUGUGCAGGUUGCUUCACGUUUGCUUUACGUCAAACGGACAAACAUGUGCUAUAACAACAAAUUAUGCACUAAUGUAUGUCAGAGUUCAGCCUCACAACAAAAUAUUAACAUAAGUCUUAAUUUUGUAUUCGAGUUUUAAGUGCUGGAGUGUAUCAAUUAAAUUUAGGGUAAGUAAGCUUGUGUAUUUAAGUUUUGGAAUAAGUGCACAGGGAAAAUAAUUCAAUAAAGUGUAUUUUAUUGUA